AUGAAUGGCUUGCUCUUCAAGAAGCGCCUCCGGUCAGCAGCCCCUGGAGACAGGAGGUGUGGCGGGAACAGAGCCACGGGGCCCAGGGCUCUCGCUGAGGGAGCCCAUGGUCAGCGCGGGCAGGGCCUGCCCACCCCGGACCCCCGCCACAAGAACCGCAUGCAGACAGGAGAGGCGACUUCUGUGAGGAGACUGUCACCACGCUGUCCUUCUGCCGGAGCCCGGGCCGGCCACACACCCUUCACUUGUCACCGCCCAGCCGGCCGGCAGAACACAGCGCCCCGUGAAGCCUCCCUGAGUCACAAGCCGUUCAAGGCCAUUAAAGUUCUUUUCAGACCUUCCCAGACUCAUCCGGAUACAAACACGCAAGUGGGCAAAAUGCAGAUGAGAACAGCCUCCCCGAAACGUCUCUCAGCACCACUUAGUUUUGAGGUUACUAGCUCUGCAGUCUUUAAGGUUCUAGGGGGAAUUAGCUGGAAUGUUUCUGGCAUUAAUUCUAUGAGGCCAAAGGGAAAUCUUUCAUUACUGGAGGAAGGGCAGGCGGCUGCCAGGACCACGCUCCACAGAGCACCAGGCUGGAGAGGAGGGCGGAGUCCCCAGCGGACAGGCCAGGCCCAGGCAGCAGAAAGCCCAGUGCCAGGCCAGCUGUUCCAUGCAGAACAGACCUGGCUCCGGGGAGCCAACUCCCUGUUGCUGGUCGAGCUCAGCUGGUCCGUGACUCGGCUCCUGGCUCCAAGGGCUUUUUAG